UGAAGCGAAAGUUGGCAGCGAAGAGUCAGUGUUUAUUUGUGUGGUGUGGAGCGUCGUCUUGGUGCGGGAGACAACUUGCACAUUGACGUGGUGACCUUCUGAGGCUGUGCGCGCACUUUUUUCAUUGCCAACGCGCGCCACAACAAUUGAGCCGAACACCCACCCAUCCAUACAUUCAGAAUUACCCAAAAUCGAUGGAGGACCUUACACCAUUGACUGCUCUUCAACAGUUUUAGUUCAAACAUUUUUGUUACACCAAUUGACAAACUGCCCACCAAAUACCCGAAACUUCAUUCAAUACCUCUAUUACCUCGAGCUCUGGUUUUUGUUUAAUCGCCGAGCCCGCAGCACGCAAGAAGAAAAUGUCGGAACGCCAACCGUUGCUGCUGCAAAGCGAUGCCUCCGACUAUGAGGGCAGCCGCAUCACAGCCCCUCCGGUGCGUCCUCUCCGCAGCUCCCCGCCGGAUAGCACGCUGGUAAAUGUCCAGAGCGAGGAUAGCAUUGCCGUGCAUGCCGCAGCAACUUCAGCAGAUGAUGAACAGAGCAGCCAGGCGGGUGAGGAGGCCGGAAAGUCUGUCUACGAUCCCGCACAUCAUCGCGAUCUGGAGCAUCCCACGUCUAACUUUGAUACACUGGUGCAUUUGUUAAAGGGAAAUAUUGGCACUGGCAUUCUGGCCAUGCCGGAUGCAUUUAAGAACGCCGGCUUAUACGUCGGUCUCUUUGGCACUCUACUGAUGGGCGCCAUCUGUACCCACUGCAUGCACAUGCUGGUCGCCUGCUCCCACGAGCUCUGCCGGCGACUCCAACAACCCUCGCUCAACUUCUCCGAAGUGGCAUAUUGCUGUUUCGAGACGGGUCCUUUGAGUCUAAGACGCUACUCUAACCUAGCCAGACGCGUCGUCACAACAUUCCUGUUCAUUACCCAAAUCGGAUUUUGCUGCGUUUACUUUCUGUUCGUAGCGCUGAAUAUAAAGGCCGUCUUGGAUCAUUAUUUUGUGUGGAAUGUAUUAAUUUAUUUGGUGAUAAUGCUUGUACCGAUGGUGCUGUUAAAUCUGGUUCGCAAUCUCAAGUACCUGACGCCCGUCUCGUUGUUUGCUUCGCUGCUCACCAUUGCCGGAUUGGUGAUUUGCUUCACCUAUAUUCUACGGGAUUUGCCGGAUGUAAAUACCGUCAAACCGGUGGCUACUUGGGCCACUCUCCCAUUGUACUUUGGCACCGCCAUCUAUGCAUUUGAGGGCAUUGGCGUAGUACUGCCGCUGGAGAAUAAUAUGCGCACACCCCAGGAUUUCGGCGGUUCUACCGGUGUUCUUAACACAGGGAUGGUCAUUGUGGCCUGUUUGUAUACAUCGGUGGGCUUCUUCGGAUAUUUGAAGUAUGGCGAGGGUGUCAAAGGCAGCAUUACAUUGAAUUUGCCGCAGGGCGAUGUUCUGUCGCAGAUGGUUCGUAUUUGCAUGGGCCUCGCCAUAUUCCUCUCCUAUACGCUGCAGUUCUACGUGCCCGUAAAUAUUGUGGAGCCCUUCGUGCGUAGCCAUUUCGAUACGACGCGACUCAAGGAUUUGGCUGCAACCGUGCUUCGCGUCGUGCUGGUCACAUUCACAUUCAUGCUGGCGGCUUGUAUACCCAAUCUGGGCUCCAUAAUUUCGUUAGUUGGCGCUGUUAGCAGCUCAGCGCUGGCGCUGAUCGCACCACCAAUCAUCGAGAUAAUUACAUUCUAUCAUGUUGGCUAUGGACGCUACAAUUGGAUGCUAUGGAAGGAUAUUGCGAUUUUAAUCUUUGGACUAUGCGGUUUCGUUUUUGGUACAUGGGCGAGCUUGGCCCAAAUUUUAACUCCGAGCACAGAUUAAUUGCAAAUGAUGCGAAUGCAUUUAAAUGUUCGCGAAUUUAGGCAGAAAGCUUUAAAAGAGUAUUAAGAUUGGGCUGCAGCAACGGUAUGGAAUAGCGAAUAACAGUUUUUUCUUUAUUUAAAAAAAAAAAUGGUUUUAGUCUACAGUUUUGCAAACUUUGUUUUGUUUGCUUCGUUUAAUCCGGCUGCCAAAAUUUUACACAUACAAAAUUUCACUUUUUCUCAACGAUUCAUUGGAAAUCGAAAUUGAAAAUGAAUAUGCAAAUCCUAAGUAUUACAUCUACAAACUAAGUGUGAAACAUUUUGGCAAUCGUCUGUCUGGUAAAACCCUUGUUUUAUAUCUUGUAACGAGUCGUAGAAAGAAAGUUUCAAUUCAAUUUGUAAAAACAAAACUUUAACCAGAUCUUGUACAAAAUACUUGUAUCGCCGUUAAGGCUUGCCCAGCUAAUCAUAGGCUAUUGGAUAUUUUUAGUUUUGUUGUGGAAGCUACUUUUACUGCUGGGCAGUAUAAACGACUCAUCACUGUUACUGCAGAACAAUUAAAGUACACCAUAUAGAUUAUACAAUUAGUUGCUACUGUUUUAGGUAUAUUAGGUUUCUUCUAUGUUUGUGUAUAGACGGUGCUUGCGACCCUCUGCCAAAGACUUGCGGGUACCUCCGACUGUCAUCUAAAGGUUUUAUUUAUGUAUCUACGACAAGAGUAAUUUCAAACGACACAUGUAUGUGGCAGACAAUAAUUAGCAGCUUAAGUCAAAUAUUCUGUGUCAAAUGUGUUAGACCAAUAAUCAAAAGAAAAUAGUUCAAAUGCAGAUUUUAGUUCAUUAACUCAACUACCUGUUAGUCUUGAAGUUCUUUCUUAAAAAGUUAUCUCUAAUUAUGUAAGUUUUCAAAGUGUAUUCCAAUAUAUUUUCAAUGGAAUUUUUGUAAGCCAAAUCUGAAUGAUCGCACAACGUAAGAAGGGAUUUUUGUAAAGUAUUUUUAAACAAUUUAGUUAUUAUUUGUGGUUAGCUGUGUAGCUCAUUCCAAAUCCAAUGGAAAACUUCUCACAUGACCAGUUGUUGUGUAAAAAAAAUAUUGUUUAUGCAUAACACACAAAAUCAUAUAUACGCCUAUAUGUAUACAAAUAUAUAUAUAUAAAUAUACCCAUAACAUGUGUGUGAAAAUUAUUAUAUUAUCUAUUAUAAAAAAUUGUAUGCCUAUGCCAGAGAAAACAAUUCCUGGCUUAUACAAAACUUAUGAAUAUUUAAAUAUUUCUUUAUAUCUUAAGACUACGACAAAAGACAAUAAUAAAAUGUAUUUAAUGUUUAC